CCUCGACCUUUCAGGACUGCAGCAGCUACAACCUUGACCUUUCGGAAUACCUACAGCUACGACCUCUACAAAGCUGUGACUCCUAAUCGACAGACCUACAGAUCGAACCCCUACCACUACACAGACCUACGACAAACGACAAACAACUACCAAACACAGGUCACGGGUUCAAACACUCUGGUGUCGACUCGAUACUGUACAUGGGCGAAGUGAGAUCUGGGGAUCGAAGUCUAGGGCCCGCAUCUGUGACUGCAGAAAGGAGCAGCAGAAGGGGAUCAAGGGAGGAUGUUGAGAGAGAUGUGGAGAGAAAGAGGAGAAGAAGAAGAGAGGAGAAGAAGAGUCAUAUUGACAGGGAGAGAGAGAGGAGGAGCCGCAAGAGGAAGUCGAGCAGCAGGAGUCGGAGACGAAAGACGAAAAGCCAUGCUUCUGCACGGAGCUCUGACAGCGCCUCUGACUCUUCUCUCUCAUCGAGAUCCGAGUGCACGUCGUCCACCAGCUCUGCUGCUGCUGCUUCCCAACCAUCAUCAUCAUCAUCAUCGUCAGAUGAUUCGUCCCCUGAAGACAAGCUUGUGGAAACUGGCACUCGGAAUACCGGGGUCCCGCUCGUCCCGGGCAACUCGCGGAGGAGUCUCGAUCGCGACGAGGACCCCAGAGAGGUGCUCUCGCAGGUUAUCGGACGGUUCCCUCAGGCUGCGGCGGAUCUCUCUGUUCUCCUUGCGAACAUUCACAAAGGACAGGCGGUAGACAUCUCAGCUCUGCCAGAUGCUAGGCUGGGGUGUGCGUUAGAGCGGCUGUUUGUGAGCUUAGGAAUGAAGAGAAAGUCGAAGUUGCCUGGGGUGUAUUACCAUCGGACGAGAGCUUCGAUGAUGGUCAGGGAUGAAAAACUGUUUGAGGAUUUGCGUGCGGCGUGCCGUAAUGAUGGAUGGGCGGGGGCGAAGGAGGAAGGAGGUGGUGGUGAGAAGCACAAGGAAAAUGGUAGCCGUCGCGAUCGCCUAUGUGCUCCGCAGGUGGGAGCAGGUCCAUCCACGUCCAAGAGGAGGAUGGAGGAAGCAAUGAGAAGGCCAGAGGGUACAACGGAUGGGUCGUCACAGGGCAGCAAGGCUGCAGGUAGUGGAAAAUCCAUGGUUAUGAAUGAUGAAUGCAUCCAUGAUCAUGAUGACUACAUCCAGUUUGCAAGGAAAAGAAGAGAUGGACGAGACACCGAAAACACGGGCAAUGUUCCUCAGCAGCACGUCAGAGCGUCAGUUGCUGCUGCAGCUGCGCGGUCGAGCACCCGCUGCAUCGCUGCAGAAGAUGCUCCAGACCUGCAUGCGCACAGGUCAGACGAGGGUAAGGGAAGGGAUGAUGACGCGUCCGCAGUUGUUUUCCAGGGUCCCUCUCUGCCUGCUGACGUUGCUUCUGUGGAUGGUCGGGAUCCCGACUCUAGAGUCGAUCGAACUGCAGAAGACGGCACGAAAAGAACAGCAGAAGGGGUUGUUGAUGAAAUUGGUCCGGCAGAGAGACCUGCUGCCCCCGACCACACAAAGAAGAGAGCAAUUGGCCCUGCGAUGCCUCCUGCCGCCGUUCUGGAGGCUGCAGCGCGGCUUACAGAGGCAUCAGAGGCCCUCCAGGCUGAACUCGACGAGGGGCCCUUGAUUGGUCCUGCUCCCCCGGCAGCUGUCAAAGAAGCUGAAAAUGCAACUGAAGAGGAGCGGUUCUCCGAAGUCGUGAGGAUCAUGUCCUCAGAGUCGAACCAGUAUGAGCUUCUGGGUGUCGCCAGCGAUGCCUCGGCGACGGAGAUCAAGAAGAAGUACUGGAAGCUGUCGUUGCUCAUCCACCCCGACAAGUGUGCCCAUCCAAAAGCUCAAGAGGCGUUUGCGCUGCUGAACAAGACACAUCUGGACCUGCAGGAUCCGGCCAAGCGCGCUGCGAUCGACAAGAAGAUAGACGAGCAGCGAAGUCGUGAGGAGUUCCAAGCAGAACUGAAGAGGCUGCGCGAAGCAGCUCAGUGGAGGAAAGUCCGAGGAGAGGCACUUCCUGGGGAUGCCAGAUUGCUAGGAGAAAGGUCCGGUGCUCAAGCCGGCGACGAAGCGCUCGACAGAGACAGCUGGAUGACGGAGCUUCCGCCUGAGCGGUCGGCGGGUUACGUCCCGACUCAAUCCACUUUUUUCAGUAAGAAGGGGAAGAGGGAGAGGGGCGACACCUCAGCCUGGACGGACACUCCCGCGCAACGGAUGGAGAAAGCGAAACAGAUGUACCUGGAGGCGUAUCAGCAAGCAUCGAUAGAUGCGCCUGCCGACUUCGCUCCGAGGGAAACUGCGGAAACGGAAAAGACAGCACAACUGGUUGACGAAUUCAAUUCACGGAACAGGAGUAAGACGCUCGUGGAUAAGCACCAGGAUGAGAUGAAGGCAAAGAAGAAGAAGAAGGGGAAGAAGGAGAGGAAUAGCGCGGAGGUGGUCGAUGAGGAGUGGGUAGGGAACCACCCCUGGAAGCCUUGGGACCGAGAGAAGGAUCUAGUCAUUGGACCAAAGGCGAUAUCUUGGGACAAAAACAAGCAGGCAGCCUCCCUCGCUGCUCGGUUUGGCUCUGACGAUCAAGGGCAGAGACAUUUUCUGUAGUGGUGGCUGUAGCCUGUCGGUCGCGGUUAUGCAUACCAUGA